ACGGGCAUUCCCACCUUGAGCCCCAAAAGAUCAAAUCUCAUCCCCCUUCUUUAUAAACUUCCCCAUUUCUUUAUCUUCUCCAACAGAGUUUGAAAAAAGAUUGAAACUGUUCAGUAAACAAUGUCAAACAAGUCACCAAUCUUCCCAAUGCCACAACAUCACCACUUCAAUGACUAUGGUUUUCAUCCCCAAAGCCACCAUUUCCAGGUUUUGGAACAAUCAAGGAACCACAAGAAAGAUACGACAAGAACAGUUGGUGUUGUACAGUUCAAGCUUCAAAAACCCUUUUCAGAAGACGACCAAAGCAAUCCACAAAAGGCUAAAACGAAGGGAUAUUGGUGGAGAAACGCCCUCUUGUUCUUCAGUAGGAAGAAAUGGGCUUCUAAUGACGAUGAUCCAGGGAGUGUUAAAGCUUCAAGGGGUUUGGUUUUGGGACCCCUUUACAUGACCGACGCCGGCGGAAGUGAUUGGACCUCUCCUGGUCGAACCAUUAGGCAGUCGCAUUCCAGCCCUUUGGCAGGAAUCUCAACCCCUUAUAUUAGUCUCAAGGAAGUUAACAUGGAACAACAACAAUACAGAGUUUCUACAUCUUCCUUGCCUAUAUAUGUAGUCACUUAA